AUGGGAGAUCAGAGGCUUCAGAAAGGCGCCAUGUUUAUGGCAGGGCUGACUCUGUUGCAGUCUCUCCGUGUGGCGUUAACUGGAGCAAAGUUUGCACUUGACAGAUUUAAAAUUCCUCAACAACAUGCCAGUUCGUUCAUUAACAUGGUCCAUAAUCCUAUGGAACUGGCAACGUUUACUGGGAUGGGUAUUAUGACCAGUCUGUCAUUUAUACCCGAUCUUAAGGACUCUUUCAAAUGGUUCGCCAUAUUUACUAACAUAGCACUGUGUUGUUCCUUCAUUCUACUCCUCAUCGCAUUUACGUCUGGAGGCUCGUUAGGUGAUUUAACGUUCUAUUACUGGACUAUCGUCCUAGUCUCAUUUAUUUACGGACUGAAUGUGGCAGCUGUAAUGAAUGUUGGAAGUGCAAAUGCCGCCUUUUUCAAUGUAGGAAUUCCUCUCUCUGGUAUCCAAGUUUGCAUUUACUACUUUAUCUUUACGAAGCUUGCUGAGUGGUGUAACUGGUCAAACGUUAGCUACUGGAUCAUAUUUUGGCAGCUUAUCAUAGCAAUAAUUAUAUCAGCAGUCUCAGCUGCUAUCUGGAUUUAUGCCUAUAGACCAGAUGUUGCUAAUGGUUCUCCUUCUGCUGUCCCUCAAGAUUUAGGCGAAUAUACUGCUUUGUCUCCGAUUCUCAUGGGAAUGGUAGGUAUGGGUGCUAUAUAUGCCUUCUACCCGGCCAUUGCUCCUUACAAAUUGACUGACGUUGGUACUGGCUACCAUAUUGAUCUUGUUGUUUUAUUCAUGAGCGCUGUUCCUGGUAUUUUAAUUGCAGCUUUAUGCCUACGUGGAAAAGGUCCAGACAAAAAUUGGAGGACUAAUAAUGCUCCAUGGUGGCAUGCUGCUUGGUUCUUGGCAUUUCCACAUCUUACUGCUAUGGUCUUAUGCUUGGUUACACUUCAUUACCCUAGUAGUGGAAUGGCGAAUUCUAUAAAGAGCAGUGGUUUAAAGGUUGGAGCUAUUACCAUUACGCUAAAGUUCUGUGAGGAAGGACUAAAAGCGGUUUCAUAUGCUGGAGCCGGUAAGCAAGAUGGAGGUGCUAUCUCCUCUUUUAAUGCGUUCACAUCCCAAGGUUUAAUGAUCAUCUUGGCUUUUACUGGAGACGGUUACCUAAAGACUUACUCCAAGUAUGAGAAUGAUCGGAGUAAAUGGCCUACUAAGAAUUUUGGCUUCUGGAGGUCCAUCUCUUACUGGGCAGGGAAUGGAGCAUAUGUAGCAUGCAAGAGUGUUAAGUCCUCCUUUACCACUAAUGUCAGAUGCAAAGUUUUGGGUAAAUCAGAGGCUUUACUCAUCGUCUAUGCAGAUCAGGAAUUUUAG